UUUCGGAAGCAUUUCAUUUCACCACAGUCCACCUUUCCUCCUCUCCUUCUCGCCACCGUCUCUCUGUCUCUCUCUCUACACCAGUUCACAGCCAGCUUCGACGCGGAGCAGCCGAGCGCCGCCGCCGCCGUCUCCGGCACUGCUGACGAGAGAGACCGAAAUGGGGAAGGAGGGAGACAAGGCGGAGAGGGCGGGGGUGGCGACCGGAAGAUGUUCGUGGGGGUCGUCUGGAACUGCGCCACCGAGCUGAAGAUCCUCCUCACCGCCCUCCUCGUCCUCUGCUCCGUCGCCACCCUCCUCCAGUUCUUCCCGUCUCGCUUCUCCCUCUCCUCCUCCGAUCUCCGCCUCUGCAUCUCCCGCAUCUCCUCCUCUCUCCCCCCCCCCUCCCCCUCUCUCUCUAGCCUCCCCUCCCCCUCCUCCUCCCCCACCGCCGACGCCGCCGCUGCCGCCGCCGCUGCCGCUCUUCCGCCUGUCGCUCUUUCUUCUCCGCCGCCGCCGCCGCCCCCUGCCGUGGAUCGAGAGCGGGUCCUCCCCGGCGGCGUCAUCAAGCGGGUCUUCAACCCUUACGGCUCCGCCGCCUACAACUUCAUCACCAUGAGCUCCUACCGGGGCGGCCCCAACACCUUCGCCGUCGUCGGCCUCGCCUCCAAGCCCCUCCACCUCUACUCCAAGCCUUCCUACCAAUGCCGGUGGGUCCCCCGCCCCGGCGGCUCCGACUCCGCCCCCGUCUCCACCGCCGUCGGCUACAAGAUCCUCCCCGACUGGGGCUACGGCCGCGUCUACACCGUCGUCGUCGUCAACUGCACCUUCCCCGACCCCGUCGUCAACGCCGACAACUCCGGCGGCAAGCUGCUCCUCCUCGCCUCCACCGCCGGCGGCGGCGACCGCAACUUCAACUUCACCGACACCAUGGAAGUCCUCACCGAGGAGCCCGGGAGCCUGGACCUGUCCGUCUUCAGCUCGCCGCCAAAGUACGACUACUUCUACUGCGGGUCGCCGCUGUACGGGAACCUGAGCCCCCAGCGGGUGAGGGAGUGGAUGGCCUUCCACGUGAGGCUCUUCGGCGGCCGGUCCCAUUUCGUGAUCUACGACGCCGGGGGGAUCCACGAGGAGGUCCUCGAGGUGCUGCGGCCCUGGAUGGAGCUCGGGUACGUGACGCUCCAGGACGUCAGGGACCAGGAGAGGUUCGACGGGUAUUACCACAACCAGUUCAUGGUGGUGAACGACUGCCUGCACAGGUACAAGUUCAUGACCAAGUGGAUGUUCUUCUUCGACGUGGACGAGUUCAUCUACGUGCCCCCGAAGAACACGCUCCGGUCGGUCCUCGAUUCGCUGUCCGAGUACUCGCAGAUCACCAUCGAGCAGAUGCCCAUGAGUAAUAAGCUCUGUUUCGUCGACGAGGCCGGUGCCGGCAGGACUUACAGGAAAUGGGGGUUCGAGAAGCUGGUAUACAAGGACGUGAAGAGGGGGAUCCGGAGGGACCGGAAGUACGCGGUGCAGCCCCGGGCCGUGUACGCGACGGGGGUGCACAUGUCGCAGAACCUCAAGGGCAGGACCAACCACAAGACCGAGCGCCGGAUCAAGUACUUCCACUACCACGGCACCAUCGCCGAGCGCCGGGAGCCGUGCCGGAACCUGGUGAACUCCACGGAGAUCACCUUCGACAAGGUGCCCUACGUGCUGGACACCACGAUGAGGGACGCGGGCGCCGUGAAGCGGUUCGAGUUCAAGAUGAUCGGCGACCGGCUGCAGCGGACCCGCCAAUGAGCUCCCCACUUUUGUGAUUAUUCACCAUCCAUCUUUGUUCCGAAUGUCUUUUUUACUUUUUCAUCCUUUUUUUUUUUUGUGGCCAUUGUAUUAUAGUGUUGAUGAUAAUACGGGGGGUGGGGGUCAUGAUUCGUGUA